AUGGUGAAGGGCGCGCAGCUUCAGGACGCGGCGGUCGACGGCGCCGCCGGCAAUGCGGUGGCGGCGAGGCAGGGCGCCGGCGCGGGAGCGGGCUGCGGCAGCGGCGGCGGCGGCGGCGGCGGCAGGAGGCAGUACAAGGGCGUGCGGAUGCGGAGCUGGGGCUCCUGGGUGUCGGAGAUCCGGGCGCCCAACCAGAAGACCAGGAUAUGGCUCGGCUCCUACUCCACCGCCGAGGCCGCCGCGCGCGCCUACGACGCCGCCCUGCUCUGCCUCAAGGGCUCCGCCGCCGACCUCAACUUCCCCGUGCACCUCCCGUUCCACAUCCCCGCUGCCGCCAUGUCGCCCAAGUCCAUCCAGCGCGUCGCCGCCGCUGCCGCGGCCGCCGCCAAUGCCACCUGCAGCCCGCUGCAGGCCGGCGCCGCCACCGCGGCGGCGGCGCCCUACUCGGCCUCCACGGCCGCCAACGACGGCGCCACGCCUCCGUGCAGCUACUACGGCGACGCGUCGUCGGGCGUGAGCUCACCGGAGACCGGGAACACUGACCUGUGCUACGACGGCAUGGACAUGGCGGGCGACGCCGACUUCGCCGCGCUCGCGGACAUCGAGGCCUUCUUCCAGUCGCCCAAGUGCAUGGAGUACGGCAUGAUGGACCCAUGCAGCACGUUCUUCGCACAAGCGCCCAUGGCGACGGACGCGGCCAACGAGUGGGAGGAGGAAGGUGAGAUCAACCUCUGGAGCUUCUCGUCCCUCAACUGA